UCUUCCCCUACAGGUAUAAAAGCAUGCUUCGCCCGCCAUGAUGCCCCCAUCACUAGCCCUCCCCGUGCAGCAACUCGACAUCUGUCUCCGAGUCUAUGUCCGCCACUCAGUACAUGCAGUACGACUCAGACCAGGGCGUGUAUACGUCCUCCGUGCCCGACCUACUGCUGUCUGCGGAAUCCUUGUCGUGUAGGAACGACAGCCUCCCUAGAGACUAUGACGGCUUCAUGUACGACAACUGGAGUGCAGACGGGUUCCUACCCUACUCGGAUGUACUAGGCUUCGAUCCCUUGAUGGACACACUUCGCGGACCCUCCGAUAUCCUGGCUCCGUACUCUGAUCUAUCGCAACUGUGUGUAGACGCAGCACUAUAUUCGGUAGAGGAUCUCCAGCCUUUCGUCGAGGGCAGCUCUGCAGGAGAUUAUCGUCCCUCAACUUCCUGGACUGCAGCAUUGCAGAACCCAAUUUCUGUCGAACCGUCUCAUUAUACAACAUUCGCGCCCAUACAAGGACCAUCCGAUACGAGCACUUCGGCGGACACAGUGCCCUCCGCCUCAUAUAUGUCCUCUCCAUUGGAAUGGCCGCCGUUUUCCUCUCCCGAAUCGCCUUCCGAGACGUUGUGCGAUACUCACUCGCCUGCGACGUCAUCACCCACUGCCGCCGACUCGAGAUCCGCCACCUCUGACAGGUCCUCGAAGCGGCUGCCGAGGGCACGCAGAAGCUCCAUUCGCCGCGGACACGCCCGCCCCAGCAACACAGCCACCGAUCCCUCUUAUGCUUCAGGCGGCGUACGGAGGACGUCACCGCGGAACAAACAAGUCGGCUUUGUUCCUUACGCACGCAUCGAUGCGCAUCAUGAGCGGUCGGACUGCCGACACUGCUCGUUCUCGACGACGCGAAAGGGCGACCUCGAGCGCCAUGAGCGUACCCAUUUCGCGCACAUCUGCGAUCCGGAGUUGGUCUGCUGUGGACUCCCGGAGGAGGAGGCCCCCGUACAUCAAGGGGUGCCUUACGAAUACGGGGGACGACGCAUGGUCGGUGGCUGUAUGAAGACAUUCAGUCGUCGGGACUCUUUCCUUCGGCACCUGAAGAAAGCGACGUGCUUCAGGCCUGCACAUAUGUAGACGUAACUCGAGGGCGAUAGGAGCGCGGUGGUUGAGACGUCUG